AAUGUGUUCAUGAGAGUCAGGAGAAUAGGGAUGAGAUAGUGGAGAGAUCAGUGGGUGCAUGAGAUAUAUGGCCCUCUACGUUUGUUUCUUUUCAUUCCUCAUGAAAAGGAAAGCAAGACUUGAAAAAUGUCGGUGCCCACUGUGAAAAAAAGAAGAAUUGUAUCAAAAACUGAUGAUGAUCAAAGUAGUAGUUCAUCACCGAAGAGAGACUCUAAAAAGCCAGUACUUAUCAAAGUCAAAAGGGAGCACUCUCCAUACGAUGAAGAGAAGGAAGUAGGUGCCCGAGACAUGGAGAAAGAUCUUCAGCUUCACAAUGAGACGUCAAUGAAGCUGAGGAGUUUGAUGGCUGAUAUCCAUGCCCACAAAUCUCAGGAGCCAUCCGGAACUAUGAAGGAUGCGGAGAUGGAAGAGAAGCAGAAGGAAGCCGCCCUCUUGUUUGUAACUAUGAAGAAAUUGAAUCGGAUGUCACAUCUGAGAUGCAAGAAGGCUCGGGACGAGACACAGGGAGCCAAGCAGAAGGUGGACAACUUGCAUCUUCAGCUUCAGAAUCUUCUCUAUGAGGUCAUGCAUCUACAGAAGGAGAUCACAAAGUGUCUGGAGUUCAAAUCCAAGGAUGAAGAUAUUGAGUUAGUAGAUGUGGAAACCUUCUUCAAGGAAGCUCCUCCUAGUAUAUCUAAACCAUCAACCACCAAACAUGAUGAACACAAGCUGCAAUUAGCCAGGCUUGACUGGGAAUUAGAACAAAGGAAAAGAUUGGCAGAACAGUACAAAGCUAGACAGGGAAACCGUGAUGGAGUUGCCAAAUGUAUUCACCAGAAGAAAGAUUACCUUGAGAGCCUGCAACCAAGACUAACAAAUAUUCUUGAGGCUACCAUACCAGUUCAGCAGUAUUUAUCAAUGCCUUUCAAUGAUAUCCGAUCUCAACACCAGUUAGCCAAGCUUCUUCCCAGGCCACUAUACUUCCUCUAUGUACAGGCCAAUGCAUACCAUGAAGCUUGUGAUGGAUCAAUGACUCUGAAGAUAGAAGGUGAUGCAGAGACUGCAUCUUCUACCCUCUCAGCUUCUAACGAGGACGAGGAGGACAGUGAUUCAGACAACGAAGAAUCACUUUCUGAAUCCAAACGUAGAAGAAAAACAAUGGGAGACAAGCUAGAAGAACAAAGACAGAAGAUUCUUGCUAAGCAUCCCCUGCAGGUUAUCAUGACUCUUAGAUUCAAAGGUGGUACUUUCCUGACGCUUACAUUCAACUACAUGAUGGUGCUUCAGAUCAUUACAGUCAAUGUGGAAAUCAAGCUUGGUGGUACUGUUCAACAGGUUGCCAACUCAGCCAGUGGUCUCUUAUCCCCGUCAAAUCUACUGAGUUUGCUGUUCCCUGGGGAUGAUGGGAAGGAAUCGCCCAACGCAACCAAUGCCUACCAGCUCAGCAAGAUUGGCAUGAAUGACCUUGCUUCAUACGUCGGUCAGAUUGGUCAUCCUUACUGUUGGGCUCAGUGGUUUGGUGGAUUAGACUUCUUAUCAGAUGGUGAUAGUAACACAGUCAAGGCAUCAGCCCGUGUCAGUAACAGUCAUAUGGAGUCAACAGUCAAGGCCUUGAAGGCCAGGGUUAAGGCUAGACUAGAUCUGAAUCGGCAGCUUGUCAGUCUAGAAGCGAAAACAAUAGCAGUUCCUGCCGCCUCUAUUAACUUAUUCCCAACCAAGAUCUGUUCAUCCCUCAAAUCCUGGACCACCAUAACUGCUGAAGACUUCCAGAUGAUACCGUUUUUGAGAGGACACCCUUCUGCUGACAGAUUGGAUGGCUCUCAUACAAUCUAUCAAGCCAUGAUGGAGCGAAGAUCAGCCAAACUUCAGGUUUUGAUACUACUCGGCUUAGACUACCCUAACCAGCCCCCUCAUUUUAUUCUCAACCUCCAAUGGCAAGGGCAACGUAACUCAAACAAUGAUCUUCACAUCAGGGACAUGGAAGCAGAGUUGAACAUCCACUACGGAGAGUUAAUCGGCAAGAAGACGGUCAAUUAUCUGAUUACCAACCAGCUCCAGAGGGUUCUCAUGUGUCUUGAUGUGUACCUUGAGACGCAGCAAGGACGGAGAAGGGACCAACAGGGUGCGGGCAGUACCGAGGGACCAUCAGAGUUUGUCAUGGAGAAGAUGUACACAAGAGUUACAAGGGGAAGGAAUCGAUCCAAACCAUUCAAGUACAACUCUCUGCAAGGAUACUUUAUGCAACGUUUAUAAGACAACAUUCUAGUCUAGUUGUGUUAUCUUAAAGUGGUUAAAAACCAGCUGUCUACAAUCCAAACCAUUUCUUGUUUUUCCAAUUAUCUUUAGCUCUUGGAGCUAGUCAUGAAUUACAUCGACUUGGAAAAAAAAAUUGUGGUGGUGGUGGUUAUUUUUUACCCGAUUGCUUUGGAUUUGUGAAUGCUUGUAAGCAAGCAAGCAGAGGACCGAAGGCUGAAGGUCCUCUCAGAAGGACCUGAUGAGGAUAAAUGCUUUACCAAGGGGCACUGUGAAACCAAUUGGGGAUCAUACCAGUAAUACCACAGUUCAAACCCCUUGCUUUACUGACUGGGCCAUGAUGUCUCUAUUGUUAUCAAGUUUCUUUUUUUUUUUGUGUAAUAGGUAAAAGUAAGCCGAUUAGUACUAUAGUAAAGCACUGGUAGUAACUUGUUAUUCAAAUUUUGAAUUGGGUUUUGUUCGUGCAAAUGAAAUUAGCCCAAUAUGCCUCACACUUGCAGCAAUUGCCCUUGCCCAAUGCAUUACAUCCUCAAGAUAAUCCUCAUACUCUCUACUUCAUUUGCUUCCUCCAAAAUAGAAAACCCAUACAGAGGCAUUGUUUAACAUCCAUUUGACUUUUUAAAAAAAUAUCGAGUUGUAAGACCGAUUGUUGCCUGUUUCUCCGAUAUAUUGUAUACGAAGCCCUGAAUUUAGUGCUUUAAAUAAGUGAAAAUGUAAAAAUGACUGCAAACACCAUUGCAGUUUCAGGAGAGAGAAAUUCAAUAAGUUUCAUUGAGACAUCUUGAAUCCGAUGUUUUUUCUUCUCCGAGAUAUUUUUUUAUGAACAAAACUUAAUACAGAGCUGCCAACCUGAACAAAACUUAAUACAGAGCUGCCAACCUGAACAACAACAUUUCAGUAAUUUCAAAGCUGAAAAUCAAUAUUUCCAAAGAAGUGCCGUAGAAUAAAGAAAAUUUAAACUUCAGAAAUCAGUAUUUUUUCUAAUUUUUCAUUGCUAAAUAAUGAAAAUCAGUACUACUUGGCAGCUCUGUAAUGUUCAAUUUUUGAUAUACUCAGCCCCCCCCCCCCACCACUUCACAGACAUAAACGCCUGUUAAUAUCAUAAAUGGGAUCGGAGUUUGGAUCACAGAAAUAAUCAACAUUAUCCAGACUUUGUGGAAUCAUUGUCACCUUUUCUGUGAAUCCGUCAUUCUGAUUAUGAAUUUUACCAUGUGUAGAUAUUUUCAUUUAUUGACUUCAUUGAGAUAAUCUUUGUCUUGACAUAUACACAAAUCAUGAGGCAUAGCCACUGUAAUGUUUUGUUUUUCAUCUUUAUUGAACAUUAGUUUGUUCACAAGUACAUAAUUUACAUUUGUAAAUACAUGUAUCACGUUAUGUACAUUCAAGUCUCAAAAGGGUUUGCAAUAAAAUAAAACCAAAAUGAAGUCUUUAAA